CUCUAGCUCCAGCCCCGCCCCCACUGCGGACGGAUGGACGGCGCCGGUUCCCCAGCAGCCGGCAGAGCCUGCUGCCGGUCGGCCGAUGGCGCUGCUGCCGGAGGCCGCCGGGUGAGCGGCGCCCGGCGCCAUCGGGAGAGGAGAGGCUAAGGCCAACACGUGCAAUCCUUUGGGGUUGAGGAUGACUUGUGUCUACUCCAGUUCUGAGGUGGCUGAAGAUCUCUUUCCGGGGUUUACCGUCUUUAUUACAAGCAGAGCAGGUGACGGGUGAGAUGGCUGCCGCCCUGCUCCUGGUGUUUUGCAGUUUGAUUUGCUGGGUGUCAAUUUACAUCUUCCUCCGUCAGCUGAACUGUCAGCGCUGCUGUGAGUGGAGCUGUCGCUUGGUAACCCUCGUACAUGGCGUCCUCAUUAUCUUUCUCUCUGGAUACGUUGGAUUUAUAGAUGGGCCUUGGCCAUUUACUCAUCCAGGGUCUCCAAACACACAGCUUCAGACCCAUGUGCUGUGCCUGUCACUGGGCUAUUUUAUAUUUGACAUGUGCUGGUGCAUCUAUUUCAAAACGGAAGGUCUGGUGAUGUUGUCUCACCACAGCCUCAGUAUCCUGGGCAUUGGCAUGGUGUUAGCUUUGGAGCAGUCAGCUACAGAGGUAAACGCAGUCAUCUUCGGCAGUGAAGUCACCAAUCCGUUCCUCCAGGCUCGCUGGUUCCUUCGACAAACUGGGCGUUACCACACUUUGCUGGGAGAUAUCGUGGACAUUCUGUUCAUUGUACUGUUUUGCAGCGUGCGGAUUGGGGUUGGUGCCAGAUUGUUGUACUGUGAGUUAUCUUCCCCCGUGCCCCUCCCGAUUGUGAAGCUGGGAGGCGUUGCCAUGUACAUGGUGUCCUGGGUGUUCAUGGUGAGCAUUGCCAGAUUUGCCUGGAGGAAGAGCAUUCACAAAUACAAGACGUGGAGGGAGCGGAGCCAACUCGGUGUACACCCACAGAUCAACGGGCACACAAAGAAAGUUUGCUAGCUUAACGAAGUGGCGUGAAAUGAACUCCAUCCUCAACCUUGUUUCCUUUAUUUAUUUGUCAUUCUUGAAUGCCUUUGGCAGGUGGAUUAUUUUAAGUUAUUAUUUUAAUUAUUAUUAGUAAGAGAUGUAUUGCAGGUAGCUCCUGAUGGUCACAGUUUUCUGAUGUCAAGCACCACCAGUAUUCCCGGCGGUGUCUGACUAGCACAUUGUCUCUGCGUCAGUUAUGACAUCGCUCUAGUGUGGGCCCUGAUUAUUUUGGCUAUAGGCAUGUGAUGAUCUUAAACAAUCUAAUUGCAUGGUAACUGGUGUCCAAGACUUCUAUUCCCCCGUCACUUCAGUUUGUCACCUUAGUGUGCAACCCUUCAAUGAUGGUGACCUCAGCAGAGUGCUGUUAAUCACGUGCAGACCUAGAUAAUGAAUGUUGGCAGAGGAAGUCAUGGUCCUCAGAGAGAUCAGAAGCAGGAACCUGGUAUUUUUCUACCUGAUAGGUAGUUGAGGCCAUUUGCGCUGUUCUGUGUCACCCAUCUUUGAUCAGUUAGCUGAGCCACCAAGUAGCCAUUCUUGGGAUUUAUUUUUGACCUUGGAGGAGGAUCUUUAUCCUCUUCAAACCUCCCAACAUAAGACAUAGGAGCAGAAUUAGGCAAUUCAGCGCAUCAAGUCUGCUCCGCCAUUUGAUGAUAGCAGGUCUACUUUUCUCUCUCAACUCCAUUCUCCUGCCUUCUCGCCGUAACCUUUGACGCCUUUACCAAUCAAGAACCUAUCAAACUCCAUUUUACUUGGCCGCCACAGCCAUCUGUGGAAAUGAAUUCCACAUCCUCAUCAUCUCCUUUCUAAAUGUAUGUCUUUUUAUUCUGAAGCUCUGCCCUCUGAUCCUAGACUCUCCCACUACUGGAAACAUCCUCUCCAUAUCCACUCUAUCUAGUCCUUUCAUUUUUAGGCCUUUCAACAACUGCCCUUCAGGAAAUGGAAACACUUGAAAGAUGUGGAUAUUUAACUAAUGUUCAGAUAAGUAACAGUUAUCCGGGGCACCAAGCACAACAAAAUAGGAU